AGUUGGUCUUGGUCAAAUCAAGAAGCACUCGUCAAUUUGAGAUUGAGGUUAUGUAAAGUUUACAUAAAUUUUGUGCAGCGUGCUCAGUAUGCCGUGUUGUUCAAAUUUUUAUAUUUAGAUUUGUUAUUCAUAUAUGACUAAUUAUUAAUUCAAUAAGUUACUAUAUAAUAAGGUAUUAAUGAUCUCUGUGUUUUUGACAUAACUGUUACUAUAUUUCAUCUCUCAUCUAAUCCAAGCUGUAUCAACUUAUCCACUGAAAUGGGAAAACGAAAGUUGAAAGAGGAUGAAUUCGAUCCUGCUCCAAAGCAUUUAGGACUUGCUCCACACAUUAGGAACCAGGAGAAACGAUUAAUUGUUAUUUUGGAAAGAGCCCAGUUAGAAUCUGUCAAGGUAGGGAAUUCUUAUGAACUUUUGAACUGUGACGACCACAAAGGUAUUUUAAAGAAAAAUGACAGAGAUAUAGGAAGUUGUAGACCAGACAUUGUGCAUCAGUGUCUUCUAAUGUUGUUUGACAGUCCGCUAAACAGGGCGGCGCUUCUUCAGGUAUAUAUUCACACAGAAAAAAAUGUUCUCAUUGAAAUCAAUCCACAAACAAGGAUACCUCGAACAUUCAAGAGGUUUGCCGGUCUAAUGGUGCAACUUCUUCACAAAUUCAAUGUGCGAUCUUCCGAUGGUCCAAUGAAACUGCUGAAGGUUAUCAAGAACCCAAUCACCGACCACCUGCCUCCUGGUUGCAAGAAAAUUGGCACGUCGUUUUCCUCCAACAAAAUUGUUCACCCAAAAACUAUUGUUCCGGAAAAUGAGCCUCUUGUGGUUGUAGUGGGUGCUAUGGCGCACGGUCAGGUGGAUGCUGAUUACAUUGAAGAGACGAUUUCAAUUAGUAACUACCCACUCUCAGCAGCACUGACUUGUACGAAAAUUUGCUCCGCCUUUGAAGAAGCAUGGAAUGUUGUUUGAUUUAUAAUAAAAUGUUUAUCUAAUCCAAA